AUGCAAACUGAGGUUACCCCUUGUACAGAAGGUAAAAUGUUAAAUUAAAUGUAGAUUAAAAUUACAAUGACUCUUAAUUGAAGAUGGAUAAAUAAGCAGAUGAGGAAGCUAAAUAGAACUAAAAUGAAGCAAUGGAUAUUGAGGAUAAUCAUUCCAAUAAAUAAAAUACAAGUAAGAAUUGCAAAUAUCAUUUCAUAGAAAAAAGAAAACAAAAUAACAAUUAAUCCUAACAGGAACUAAUUAUUAAUGAAAAGAGAUAGAGAAAACCACCUUAACUCCCAUAAAUUUAUCGUGAUCCAUCUCCUUAAAAAAUUGUGGAAAAAAAAAAACCACAAAAAUACAAAAUAAGCCAAGAGAUGGAAGAAAUUUGUACAAAUAUAGCAAAAUGGGAACAGUUUUAAAUAAGGUUAAAUUAAUUAGGGUUUCCUAGUAUAGUUUUAGACGAAGAAAAGAUUAAUGAUAUUUUAAAAGAUUAUGAUUAAAAGGAUGAAGCUGGCAAGGAAUACUAUUUAAAAAUGCUAUUAAGAGUGGUUGGGGAAGCAUUAUGUUGUAAGAAUAAAAUUGAGAUAAAUUAACUAAUAAAAAAUUAAAUUGAAUAAUUAAUUCAUUAAAAGAACAUUAAAAUAAAUUGGACGAUAGAUAAAUGGGAUGAAUAGAUUAAGUCUUUCUUGGAAAUUAAGACAGAAUUAAGCGAAGUAAUUCAACCAGCAUCUCAAUUUGAUUUUUAGGCUUUGUAAAUACUUAUUGGAAAUAAUUUACCAAAUUAUAUAGAAGAAUCUAAACUUAAUGUUACUUUAGUUAUAUUGAAGACUAAAUAGAUUGAUGAUUUAAAAAAAGUAUGUGAUUUAAAUGAAAUGAAAAAUAUAAGAUUAUUAAGAGAAUAUUUGACUACAUUGAAUAAUAAAAUAGAAUAAAUAAAAAAACUUAAAGAGAAAAUUAAUAUGAUUAAAAAAAAAGAAGAAGAGUUUGAAAUUAUAGAAUAAUAUAAUUCUUAUGAUUCUAAUCUUCUAGAAUUCAAGAAUACUCCUAUUCGAUUUUUGUAGAAGACUGAAAUUAAAACUAAACCAUAAGUAACUUAAACAAAAUCAAAAUCCAAACCAUAAAAUCUUGAAAAAAUAGAAAAUAAUUUAAUUUUAUCAAAGUUUUAAAAUUCAAUUUAAAAUUAAUAUUAUUUAAAAACUAACUGUAAUGAAAAUGAAUAAAUUAAUUCUUAAAUAAAUGCUUAAACUGAAUCAAUUGAAACAACAGAAAAAAAAGUAAGUGAUCAUAAAUAAAAUAAAAAGAAAGAGAAGGAAUAAUAAAAAUAAGAGAAAGUUAUCAAAGUAACUUUAGAUUAAUUUAAAUUUAAGAAACUAGAAAUAUAAGAAUUACCAAAUCAAUCAUCUAAAGCUGAAGAAUAAACUUAAUUUGAAAAUGUUACAUCUCCAAAAGAGAAUAAUUUAUAAGGAGCAGAAAGAGAAACAUAAGUUUAAGAUUAAAAUGAACCAUAAUAAGUUCAUUAAAUUAAUCAAUAAUAAUAAUAAUAAUAAUAGUAAUAAUAAUAGUAAUAAUAAUAAUAAUAAUAAUAGUAAUAAUAAUAGUAAUAAUAAUAAUAAUAAUAACCUUAAGUUACAAGUAGAAAUUUGAAGCAUUUUUUUUUUGAAAAGAGAUAAUAAGUAGUUCAAAAAUAGGAUGAAUAUUAACCAAAGCAAUUAACACCUUAUAAAAUGGAAUAAUUUGAAACUUUAAUUGAAAAAAUGUCUAAUAUGUAAUUGUAAGAGGAAAAAAUAUAAGUUUCUUUAAAUGAUCAAAAUAGUGAUGAGAUUGAAAUAUAAGAAAUAAAGCCUUUACAGUAGGUUAGAAAAAGAAAGAUACAUAUAUAUAUAGCAGAUUCUGAUAAAGAAUUUAGUGGACAUUAAUUUAUACAAUUAAGUUAAGUAAUUAGACCAAGAGCUCCUUUUUAAUAAGGUAAAUAUAAAAAUAAUAUAUUUUAGAUGAUUAAAUUGAUUAUGAUAAGGAUUCUUUGGAUGAAGUUGAAGAAAUAUUAGCAGAGAAUCUAUCAGAUAAUAAUGAAUCUGAUGAUGAUAUAAGUGAGGAAAGUGAAUAAAGAGAUAGUUUUUUGGUAGAUGAUAACCAUCUAUCAUAAGACGAAGUUGAAGAUCCUGAAGAGUUUUUAAAUAACAAAUGUAUUGCAAAUAAUACAUAAGUUCAAAAUGGAAUCGUUUAUAUUAAACAUUCCUCAAUUGAACCUGCUUUUUUUGAAAAUUACAAAGCUUAAUAUAUUGCACAAUUUUUUAAUUAAUAAUAAAUUAAAGAAUAGAGUGCAAAUAUAUUAUAGAUUAUUGGAAAACAAUAAGGAAAUAUAACUAAAUAAAUUUAAAUCCCAAAGGCUAAAAUGAAUUUUAGUAAUAAUAAUUAAAAAAAAUAAAAUAAAACAAAAAAAGCAAAAGCCAAUCCUACAGUUACAGGAGACACAACAAAUUAAAAUAAUUAAAGUUCUCUUGUUUUACCUAAUAAAUCACAAUCAAAUAAUAAAUCCUAAAUGGAAGUAUCUCAAACUAAAUAAUAACGAUAAUAAUAAUAAAAGUCUUAGAUAAAAGUUGAUCAAGAUAAAAUACAUCAAGAAUUUGAUGAGAAUGAUAAAUGUGAAUAAGAAAAAGGAGAAUUGUAGUAAGAAAAAGUAAAUGUCUAAUAAGAAAAAGGAGAUGAGUAAUAAAAAGAAUAAUAAAAUGAAUAGAAUCAAAAAUAAUAAUAAAACUUUAAUGAUGAAAACUUAUAAUGA